UGCUAAUGUACAUGUACCUCCAUCAUAUCUCACUGCGUAAUGAAGGUCAUUCAACCCACCUGUAUUCUAUUCCCUACUUUACAACUCAAUCCAGAAUCUGCGCCACAAUGACCAAGCGAGUCGUCAACCCUGCCUUCAUCAUCAUGGUAUCCGUUCCAAUCGCUAUGGUGCUAAACGUUUUCAUCUCCAUGAACAAGCCUUCGCGGGUCGUACCCCAAUCUGUGGAUCUCACUGGAGACCAUGCAUACUAUCGACCAGGGGGUACCGAAGUCUCCGGGUUCAAGGACAGCACGUCCACGUAUCAUCGAAGUCCGUGUCCAGCACUCAACGCUUUGGCAAAUCACGGCUUCCUCCCACGCGAUGGUAAGGAGAUCACCCCAAUACAUCUCCAACAAGCUCUCGUCCAAGUAUACAACCUCGACAACCCACUCGCCGAGUUUCUUGUGAGCAGCUUGCCCGCUGAAUUCUCUCUUGCAGAUCUGGGCGAACACAACGUCGUCGAGCACGACGCCUCCCUCGUUCAUGAUGACUCGUGGAAAGGACAAGAUCCGUCGUCCGUGAACGUCACAUUGGCCAUUAACCUGCUUUCACGCGGCCAUCAACUAACGAAAACUACGUUGGCUGUAUAUCGCCAUGAGCGAGAAGCCGACAGCACUGCGCAUACACCAGACUUUAAGACGACAUUCACCAUGGAGCGAGCUCUGACUGCCUACUCUGAGGCGGCUGUAAUGCUUCUUGUACUUGGAAAUUCUUCAAGCAUACCGACAGAUUAUGCCCGUGCGUUCUUGGUCGAAGAGCGCAUUCCAGGUGACUACAAGAAACCAAGUGUACCGAUAUCACUUAGUCAAUCUCUUUGGCUCGCGUUGCAGCUGAAGACGCUUGCUCUGCUCAGCCCAGUGUUGGCAUAAACUAACAAACUCUUGACAAAAUGAACAGUGCAUUUACUCUUUUUCUCGCCUCAAAAACUUACGCGUUUACUCAGUAAAUGGCACGUAGAAGACGACUACCGUUACAGAUGGACGUGGC